GUUUUUUGUAUCAUUUUUUCCAUCGAGCCAAGUAAAAUGGUGAUAGGAUAUGCUAUCAAAUAUUUGCUUGUUACAUGUGCAGCAAGCACAGCACUUGCUAUAGUUCUACCGGAAGAGCCUCAUCUUAUCAGGAUACCCAUGACAAAACAAUAUGAUUCACCAAAAGGGCUGCAACGCAAACGCGAUACCAAGCUUUAUAAUGAUUAUGGAUCCAUCUACCUUGUUGAUGUUGCAGUUGGAACACCCCCUCAGGUUUUUGAAUUAGCAGUAGACACAGGAAGCUCCGAUCUUUGGAUUCCAGGCUCGCAAUGUCCAGAUUCUCUUUGUCCUCUUGUCAAGUUUAAUGAGGCCAAUUCAACAACCUAUAAGCCAACAUCCGAAAAUUUUAAUAUUAAAUAUGGCACUGGAAACGCAACUGGAAAAUAUGCAUUAGACACCAUAACAAUCGCAGGGGCGACAAUCGAAGAGCAGCAAUUUGGUUAUGUUUCCGCUACAAAUAAUAUCUUGACGGAAGUAACAUCAUUAAGCGGCGACGAAGUCACUACAACUAACGAAACCAUAGCUUCUGAUUCAUAUUAUCAUAUGAAUGGUAUAUUCGGUUUAGGGUUUCCUUUUCUUACCGCAUCAGCUACAAGUUAUAAUCCAUUCUUGUUCAACCUCAAAGCAUUAAAUAAGAUCAGCCAAAAUAUCUUUUCGAUCUACAUGAACCAACAAGAGGUUUAUGGUGAUUCUGGAGAAAUAAUUCUUGGUGGUAUCGACAAGACGAAAUAUACAGGGGAGAUUAUCUACGUUCCUGUUUCAAAAACUAUUCGUGAGAGAUCUAGUAUUCAAACAACUGAUUAUGGAUUUUGGCAAGUAAAUGGUCAAGGAGUAGGUGUAGCAAAUGGUGUCACAGCUGAUGUUAAACUUGAUUUUCAAGAAACAGUAAAUUUAAUAUUUGACACGGGUUUUACGUAUAGUCGUUUACCAACUAAUGUGUUUGAGUUUCUCUUGGUUGCAUCAAUUGGAGAAAAUAACUUUUCUUAUAAUCCAGGUGAUUAUUUUCCCCUAGUUUACUGUUCCGUAGCCAAGCAAAAUACGACUAUACAAAUUAUGAUGUCACAAUCGACUGAUUCCACCACUGAACCUGUUACAAUGCAUAUUCCACUCUCUGACAUUCUUAUCCCUUUGACGACAUCAACUACUAUUUGUGGCUUUGGCAUCGUACCUGUCGAGAGUAGAUAUGUUAUCGGGGAAUCUUUAUUACGGAGUCUAUAUCAAGUUUAUGAUGCUGAAAAAAAGCGAAUUGGUGUUGCUGGAGCAAUUAGUUCAACCGCUUUUGUUACAUCAGGCAAAGUAGAUUCGAAUAAUAUCGGUGGUAAAAAUAUCGGCCGCAGUUAUUUAUAAUAUUUAACAGUACUCAUCCGGGUCAAAGCAUGAAUAAAAAAACCAGCAUGACUACUUCUGUAUUUGGUUUAGCCUUUCUAAUUCAUAUUCCAUAGUAAUAAAAAUAAACUUUUGAUGACUCUAUUUGUAGCUUUCAUGGAGAUCGACCUGCAAGAGGAGUCAGUCGGCAUUUUAAAAA